AUGGCUUCAGUCGAGAAGCGCAAGGCAGACGCGAGCGCGGGUGAAGGAACCGGGCGAAAGAAAGCCAAGAAACUGUGGACGACACCAAAACAAGGCAAGGGUUGGCAGCCAAGGGAAAGUCAUGUGAAGAAGGAGAUUGAGCCAGGAGACGUCGGCAUCUGGGCGACGUGCAACAGAGGAAGGGAAGCAAAAUGUGUUGCCGAACUGAAAGAUCUGUUCCAAGAGUACGCUGAGACGAUGUACGGCGUCAACGAUGCGCCGGCCAAGGCGAAAGAAGCUUUACCGGAUGGUCUAGACGUGGAUGCGGAGCUCGAGGAGGAGCUGCGCGAGCUGCGGAAAGCGGAGACGAAACAGCUCUUCACCUCCGUCAAGCUCGACACGCAGUGCCUCGUGUUCUUCAAAGUGCUGCCACCCGUAGAACCUGUGUCUUUCGUACACAGAAUAUGUCGAGACGCAGCGUCCAGCGCCUCGAGAAAGCAGAGUCGGUCGGUUCAGCGGCUCACGCCCAUGACGCUUAUGGGAAAGGCGACGCGGACAGGCCUUGACGAGGUUGCACGGAAAGUGCUUGCACCGCACUUUCACGGCACGCCGGCGGCGUCUAAGAAGUUUGCGAUUCGUCCAAGCAUCCGUAACAACCAGACCCUUACGCGGGACGACGUGAUCAAGCAGGUGGCUGAAGUCGUCGGCCCGAGUCACUCGGUUGACCUCAGGGCCUACGAUCUACUCAUUCUCGUGGAGAUCUACAAGAGCGAUUUUGACGAGCUAAAGAGGUACAACCUCGCGGAGAUCUAUGCACCCACGCCAAGAGCUGCAGGACGGGAUGGCGCGGCGAUGGAAGGCUGA